ACUUUCAUUUCUCGGGACGAAAGAUGUCACAUGGGGCGCUUUCGCCGCUGCCGCCGACGUACGACGAGACGCUAGCCGAGUGUCGGAAGGGCGUACCGGAUUCUCUGCGCCCAGCGGUGUGGUACUUCCUUUGCACGUCGGAGCGCGAGCAAUCGCCAGCCAAGAUCGAAGCCACGUACGCCGCCGCGACAAAAGAUAUCUUCGGGCCGACCCUGCCAGCAUCGAUUGCUGCCGCGCCGAUGUUUGGCAAGCCGACCUCGUCACACGUCACGUUGGAGCUGGUCCCGGCGUUGGCCGUCGCCCACCGCCGGCUUUCCAUAGUACUGCGGCGACUCCAUGGCGUGGAUCAUUGCCGUGUACUGCCAGAACUCAUGCGCUUGUGUCUUCUCGUCGACAUCUCGGAAGCUCAAGUAUAUUGCAUGAUGCGGAGCUUGUUGCAACGCAGUCGCCCCAAGGAUGAGUGGAAGCUCCCGACGUCGCCGGCCCACGAGCUGGCAGUUAUCGGUCAUCUAAAGGACACCGUGGCGUGGCGGUACCCACUGCUCGCGACCGCGAUGCAACGCCAAGGAGCCUGGGAUGACUCGUACUUUGCCGACACGAUCCACAGCUUCCUCGUCCCAUAUGUUCCACUGGCAGUCGCUCUCCGGAUUGUUGAUGCCUACCUCGGGGAAGGGCCAAAGAUCCACUGCCGCUUUCUCAUGGCUCUGCUGAAGCUCCACAAAGCUCCCAUGGCGGCCGAGAUGACGGCCACAGGCGCCGCAUGGUGGGCGCUCCUGGCUACGCGCACUCGGGCGUGCUCGAUGGCGGAAAUUUGUACCGUCGCCUAUCGAAAGUGGUACGGGUACCUCUUUCGACGUCAGAACUUUGAGUUGCGACUCGCGUCAACGCCGACGGCGUACGUGGAUGUAUCGACGAUCGACGAGUAUGGGAGUCCGCUGCCUCUUGUCGUCGAUAAGUCGGCGCCACCGAUGCUGCUUGACGCAACACGUGACUCUAUCCUCUUGACGUGGCUGCCUGCGACCGAACAGUUGAAGCAGCUGCAACGCUGCUACUGCGCAAUCCAGCAAGGUCGGGGCCUUGACACGUUGUAUCGCUACUGUGCCAACAUCGCGCCGCUUAUUGUGGUGCUGCAAGUUCUCGGCUGUGAUCGUGUCAUCAUAGCGUACCUCUCGCACGGCGUCGGGCCGCGGGACCAGCUCUUCGGCGACAAGAGUUGCUUCGUGGGUUCGCUUGCGCCGGCUGUCAAGUACGCGGCCACUGGAACGCGCGCCAAGUUUGUCAUGUGCCAGCCGUCGCUCCUUGCCAUCGGAAUCGACAGCAAAAGCAGCGCCGCAGCACUAGAGAUCGAUGAUGGUCUUGUGCGUGGCCGAAGUCAGGCCACGGAUGUCUUUGGCAACCCACCCCUCGGCGGCACGGAAGAAUUCGACGUCGGCGACAUUGAAGCGUACAAGUUUGUUCUCUAGUGACCUCCUUGUUGACCCGACAAUAAAUGACACAUUUGGGGAUAAAAUUAC